AUGGGGAACAACUUGGCGCUCAGGAAGAGCUCCAACGUUCACAUUCGGUUUAACACCGUCGACAAAUUCAAGAAGGUCGAUGUAAAAAAAGACAAUGUCAAUCAGCACAUAAUGCGCUUGCAAUCGGCUCGCACAGUACGUGAAUAUGAGCGGAACAUCGAAACUUUGAAGGAGAUGUUUCCGGUUGGAAUACCGUCCGGUAGUGGUGGAAAACCCACGGAGGAAUUUGUGUGGACGUACCUGCAGGAGAUUCACCCGACUAGCUGGACAGUCUUGGGCAACAGUGAUUUGAGCGAUGGUGAAACUGCGUGGCUCAAGGAGAAUUGGAAAGAUACGUCUUCUUAUGGAUUCGGCCUUCCUCUUUUUGGUCACCACGUUACCGCCAAGCUGGAGGAACGCGCAGAGCUAGAGGGCGAAGAGGCCAAGCUGCCGUCCACGAAGCAGCAAUGGACAGAUGCGAUAGUUGAAGAAGGGUACGAUGAACACGAUGCUACUCCUACCAUUUACAAGUUUUCGCAUCCAACAUCACGUCUGCGAGCACACCAGACAGGUGCAUACUACUGCACGAAGUGCAACAAGCCUGGUCACAACGCAAGAACAUGCAGAUUUACAAGCCAGGAAGUCAAAGAAGCAGGAGUAUUGAUUGUCCCUGGUGUGUACGUGCUUGGGGAGUCACCGCUCGGAAGCUUGCGGAUUGUCGCCAACGGUGUUGAGCACGAUGGAUAG